UACUGAUUAUCUUUAUUAUCUUAGACCUAAACAAAAGCCUCAGUUGUCGAUUAUUGAGGCAAAAAAUAAACUUCGGCUAGGUCAUGAUGAAAGCUGCAAUUGCUGCUGCUGUUGUAUCCCACAACCUACAUGCUACAAAUAUGUUCAGCCGGAGGUACCAAAAUCUUUUGCACCUGUUCGAUAUUACUGGAAAUCGAACGUACCGAUGGAUAAAGACACAACGUAUCGUCUCUCUUAUUGGGAAGGUCCCGGAGCCAUUGUCGAAUCUAUUCGUCCUGAAGAUAAUCUAACAUGCGAUGACGCGCCAAUGUCUGAUGAAACGACACACAAAAUGAGCUACUUUGGCAAUUGGUGCGUGAAAACAGAUCCGCCAAUAACGCCAUGCGACAGGCAAUGGUUGGGUAGAGGUCCGAUGGAAGACGUCACGACGCACAAACACGAUUAUGCGUGGAAAAGCGUAGAGCGCCCUGAGCUCAUGAAGGCGCAAAAUAAUUUGUAUCUUCCCUGUGCCGCUUUGUCUGAUGAUACGACAUAUCGCUUGAGUUACUAUAACUCCUCCUGCUUGCUUCCGAUACAAUCUUAUGCGCCUAUUAAAAAAUAUGUCAAAUCGGAUGUGCCGAUGGAAGGUUGUACGACAUACAGGCUUAGCUAUUGGCCAAACGAGGCUCCCGUAAAAGAGGAAAUGAAAUGGACUCAGAAAGGAGAAUACCAUCACCCGGUGACGCCGAUGGACGGAUGCACGACUUACAAACUGAGUUACUGGCCGCACUGCGGCGAGAAACCUCCGGAACCUUUCAGCCGCGAGGAGCACGAAAACUUGUUAAACGCCGGCUGCUGCUUCGACGACAACACCACGUAUCGACUCAGCUAUUUCGGGUGCGGCGGUGACAAGCCGCCGGAUCCCAUUCGCCAGUCUGGCAAUAUGAUUUUCUCGCCGUGUCCGCUCUCCCACGACACCGUCAAUCGGUUGAGUUUCCUGGGCAACUGGUGCGUCAAACCGGAAUCGCCUAUGACACCUUGCGACAGGCAGUUGCUAGGUAGAGGACCGAUGCAGGAGGAAACCACGCAGAAGAACGACUACACGUGGAAACGCGUGAUACCGCCGGCGGAGCACCGACCCGAGAACAAUCUCACUUUCUCGCCCUUGCCGCUGGAAUCCUGCACGACCCACAAGCUGUCUUAUAUACCGAACGAAUGCCUGCUGCCUAUUAAAACGUACGCACCCAUACGCAAGUACCAGCCGUCCGGCGUUCCGAUGGAAUCCGAGACCACGAUGCGACUGAGUUAUCAGCCGGUGGAGCCCGCGGACCAGGUCGAGAAAUCAUGGGUUGCGGCUACGCCUUAUUCAUCCGUCAAUCCCAUGGAGGACAAUACCACGUACAAUCUAAGCUACAUGCCGCCUGGAACGCUCGUCCCCCUGCCACCUUGCUCCGCCUUUUAUCCCCCUGCCAACGCCUACGAAAGUAAAUCCUUAAGACAUUUUUCAAACCUUCGCUCUCUCUCUCUCUCUCUAUCAUCUUUCCCGUAGCGAAUAAUGACAAUUACCAUUGUUACUACAUUUUAGUGCCAUUGCAGCAGUCCUGCCCCGCAUCAUGAAUAGAGAGUAAGUAAACAAGGUGUGUGCGAAGCGAGGAUAGUCUUAAUAUGUUAAUACAUGUGUAUUUAAUCCUCCCCUUAUGUACGGUAUUUUGCAGAAGUCACGCGAGCGCAGACGGACGUACAGGCGUUUGUGCCUGUCCCGACCAUGUACAAUGUUCCGAUAAUAAAAUGUCCUUGUGCACCGCGACUUUUCAAUAAUGCGUUAAUCCACGCGAAAGAUCAGUAAAACGGUUAAGGCAAUUUCACAAUCGCGCCUCUACGUAUUAUCGUAAUCACGUUUCAGCCGGGAUGUGUAAAACGUUUUUCUCUCUCGCCAACAACCGCCGCACUGUAAUGAAGCAACAAUUACACAAUGAGGUGGUACAUUAAAUGUACCACCUUAUUCGACGUAACGGCGAUUACCGCUACGUAACCUGGUCUGGCAUUAAGUAUUAUAUAUAACGAUUACAUCACAGUUUGACAUUCUGCGAUAAUCGAUGAUCGGUUCAUUCCGCGGCCGUAUCUUGCGUGAGAGAUGCGCUCGUCGGGCACCUUUAUACGCGCGUUAAAGCGACGGUAGAGAACAUCGGCCCGUAUGUACAUAAUAAUCAAGAGCCUCCAGGCAUAAGAAUGCGAAUUUCAUAUCGCGUCGGAAGUCAACGGCUCCUCGCCGGCUCCUCUACGUGAAAGUAGUUAGCAUAUCUAUCCGUUUGCGUAAUAAUCUCGGGGUGUCUUCCUUACACGCCUUCGAAGCAGCAGAUCGCGGGGAAAACCAGGAGGAGGCACGCUAUCCUACUGCAAAUGCUCAGACUUUAUUAAGAAAUUAAUUUCGCAAGAAUUGCGCGCUGCAAAACUUAGAUAAUACAUAACAUUAUGACACGUAUGAUUUUUCGGCUUGAUUGGACGGCUUGCUCUCCCAAUUAUUCAUUUAUGCACGUGACUAAUCUAACCGGAUCUACUUUCGCUAAAUUUCAUCUCCGCAGCCAAAUAUUGAUUAAUUAAAUGCUAAUGUGAAACGAUACGACAUUUUCUAAUAUAUAAAUAUAUAAAUCAUCACACACACGCAUUCAUGAACUAUAGAUCUAUAAGUAUUAGUUCAGUUCAUUUCCAGCCAUUCUUCGAAUCAUUUGCAAACAAGUUUUGUGUGGGAAUAUAAUUAUUAUUUAAACGCUGCAUCUUCUUAGUUUUUCUUUAAAAAAUGAAAAGACGAAAACGGGAGAGCAAUCCGAAGGCCGCGCAACAACAAACGUGUUGCGCUAAUCGGAAGCGCACUCUCUGGCUAUCGAUCGUGGGCUGUUGCGAUGGCAUUAUUACGCGCAUUCUGAUGCAUAUGUAUGCAUAUUAGAAGUGUGUUCCUCGCCCAUUGUUUUGCUGGUCUCAUAAAAAAAAACUGCGAAACCACGUGCACCCGAAUGGAAGAUCCGGCUCCGAAUCGCGAAGCGAUACACGAAAGUUUCGAAUCAUCUGCGACGCCUUCCGCGAAGUGAAAUAAAAAUAAUUGAAUUCGAGAAAAAAAUCCACUCACGUUUCAGUAUUAUGUGAAAAUUACAAGUGGAUAUAAUUUGCCUUACGUACACAUGAAUUCUUUUUUUGCAGGCCUAUAAAUAUGUAUCGCGAAAAUAAUCUUUUAUGAAGCAUAGUAAUAUUUAAGAUU